CUGCAGAGCGAAAGUAGUCUUGGUGGCCCUCGCCUGUGUCUCGGGUUCUGCUUGUGCUCGACCUCGCAGCUAUGGCAGGACCUCAGGAGUUUCUGAGUGGGAAGCUCCGGCUCUGCUUCACCCCAGCUGCCCGGACCAGCCUCCUGCUGCUCAGGCUCAAUGAACCGGCGUUGCGAGCGCUGCAAGAGUGUCAGCGUCAACAGGUUCGGCCAGUGAUCGCCUUCCAAGGCAACCGAGGGUAUCUGAGGCUCCCAGGCCCUGGCUGCUCCUGCCUCUUCUCCUUCACAGUGUCCCAGUGUGGCCAGGAGGGCCCUGGUGGUGGUGGCUUGGACCUUGUGUGCCAACGCUUAGGCAGAUCUGGACCUAACCGCCUGCACUGCCUGGGCCCACUCAGGGAGCGCCUCACUAUUUGGGCAGCCAUGGAUUCUAUCCCAGCCCCAUCUUCAGUUCAGGGACACAGCCUGACUGAAGAUGCCAGAGAUCCUGAGAAUUGGCAGAACAUGGGAGACUAUUCUGGAAAUGCAGCCUCACGGUCACUGAUGGCACUAGAAGAGGUGCCAGAUCCACUGGCAAAUAGCCAAGAACAGGCACUCCCAGGAUCCUCAAGGGAACACAUGGCACAGUGGGAAGUGAGAAACCAGGCCCGUCUUCCAAACAGAGGACCCAAUCAGACACUGCCUUCCUCUGCUAGCCGGAAACAUCUGGACAAAAAGCGUCCAGCACCCGGGGGCACUAUAGAACUGAAAGGAAAGAGGCUCAGGACUCUGCCUCUAGCUCCAAGUCCCUUACAAGAGCUGCCCAGUCAGGACCUACAAGAGGGAGACUGGGAGCCAGAAGAUAAACAUGACAACGUGGGCCCCAGGCUUGAGCACAGUCCCUCAGUUCAAGCAGACUCUGAAUCCCCAAGCCCUGAAGAGGUACCAGAUUACCUCCUGCAAUAUGGGGCCAUCCACAGUGCAGAACAGCAACAUGCUUAUGAGAAGGAUUUUGAGGCAGAUUAUGUUGAGUACCGCAUCCUGCAUGCUCGAGUUGGGGCUGUAAGCCAAAGGUUCACAGAGCUGGGAGCAGAAAUCAAGAGAGUUCAGCGAGGAACUCCAGAACACAAGGUGCUGGAAGAAAAGAUAGUCCAGGAAUAUAAAAAGUUCAGGAAGAGGUACCCAGGUUACAGGGAAGAAAAGCGUCGCUGUUGAAGAUCACAAUCAGGGCUCCGAUCUAGAAAUAUGCAGUGACUGAAAACUAUAACCAGGGAUAUGAUUUGGAUUUACUCAUAAAAAGAGAAGAAACGGUUCACUUCAUUCCUCUUGAUCGCAAAAGGAAGUGGAUGCUUCACUCACAACCAGGAAUGAUACUGCCUUUCCCCAUCCACUGGAAAGUUAAUAGGCCACACCCUGGGCUUUGGGGGAGAAAGGGAGCUGCACCCAGCAGUGUCAGCAAUUCUUGAAACAACUUGGAUGGAACGCCAACCUGAUGCCACACCCACACAGGGCAUUUCUACACAGACAACAGACCUUGGAAAAUAUAAACAUGCUCAGCUGCAUGACAAAGAUAAUAUAGCUAUCCAUCCUUAAGACACAGACAGGGUCAGAAACAGAACCCAAUAGGAAAGGUUCCUUAUCUGUUCUGAUUAUCAAGCUAGGGGUCUGGGCAAUAAACAUCUAAGGACAGAGAGAAAAAUUGGGGAAGGAUUUAUAGGUGAUAACUGUGGACACAGACAGUUGGGCUACAGCCACCAGACCUAUGUGUGACUAACGAAAAUUUAAGAUGUAGUCCCUAGCCACAUUUCAAGGCUCAAUAGCCACAUGUAUUAGACAAUGAAGGUUAUAGAACAUUUCCAUUAUCACAGAAAGUUCUAUUGGACAGCGCUGGUCUAGAGAACCACUGGCUUCCCAGCUCAUGGAAAAAAAAGUUUAAAGGGGGCUCAUUUAUUGUCACUGUUCCAAAUGUACAAAAAAAAAUUAGAAAAUAACCCCCCAACACAAUUCCCAACCCCACAACACAUUUUUUCCCCAAACCAUAAACAUAAACUGGUCCUGGUAGUUCCAUAAACAGUGCAGCUAAGAAACAGUUUAGAGAAAAUUUAACAGGAUUCAGAUUAUAUCCAUCUACCCUCUCAGCC